CUUUGCUGUGAAGUGCUGCCUCAUUCUCUGCUCUUUUAUUGUUUUGUCCUUCUUCACCUGCGGAGCUCCUCGGAACUUUUCAGCGGAGCAACAUGCGGCUCUCUGCGGGAUUUGUGUGCGCUCUGGCGGCCCUGCUCCUCUGCGCGGACGCCCUGGUUCGGAUUCCUCUGAAGAAGUUCCGUACGAUCCGACGUUCCAUCUCCGACUCCGGGAAAAACCUGGAACAAAUCCUGGGAGACAAAUACAACAUGAAAUACAACCUGGGCUUCCCCCCGAACGCCCCCACGCCCGAGACGCUCACCAACUACCUCGACGCUCAGUACUACGGGGAGAUCAGCCUGGGCACCCCCCCUCAGCGCUUCACCGUGGUCUUCGACACCGGCUCCUCAAACCUGUGGGUGCCUUCAGUGCACUGCUCCAUCCUGGACGUCGCCUGCUGGAUUCAUCACAAAUACAACGGGGCCAAGUCCAGCACUUACGUGAAGAACGGAACGGCCUUCGCCAUCCAGUACGGCUCCGGGAGUCUGUCCGGGUACCUGAGCCAAGACACCUGCACCAUCGGGGGCCUGGCCGUGGAGAAGCAGCUCUUCGGGGAGGCCAUAAAACAGCCGGGAAUCACCUUCAUCGCGGCGAAGUUCGACGGGAUCCUGGGGAUGGCGUAUCCUCGGAUCUCUGUGGACGGAGUCACUCCCGUGUUCGACAACAUGAUGAGUCAGAAGAAACUGGACCAGAACAUCUUCUCCUUCUACCUCAACAGAAACCCGGACACUCAGCCCGGAGGAGAGCUGCUGCUCGGAGGAACUGACCCCAAAUACUUCACUGGAGACUUCCACUACGUCAACAUCACCAGACAGGCGUACUGGCAGGUGCACGUGGACGGGCUGAAGGUGGGCGCUCAGCUGGGUCUGUGUAAAGGAGGCUGUGAGGCCAUCGUGGACACGGGCACGUCCCUGAUCACCGGACCUGCCGCCGAAGUCAGGGCUCUGCACAAGGCCAUCGGAGCCCUGCCCCUCAUCCAGGGAGAGUACAUGGUGAGCUGUGAUAAAGUGCCCACUCUUCCUCCCAUCACCUUCAACAUCGGGGGUCAGACCUACACUCUGACCGGGGAACAGUACAUCCUCAAGGAGUCCCAGGCCGGUAAAACCAUCUGCCUGAGCGGGUUCAUGGCUCUGGACAUCCCUCCUCCGGCCGGGCCCCUGUGGAUCCUGGGGGACGUGUUCAUCGGGCAGUACUACACCGUGUUCGACCGCGACAACAACCGGGUCGGCUUCGCUCCCGCAAAAUAAACACGAAUAAAUAUACAGGACCCGGGGGACGAGACUAGACCAGACCAAGGUGGGACUGGACUAGACCAGACCAGACCAGACCAGACCAAGGUGGGACUAGACUAGACCAGACCAAGGUGGGACUAGACUAGACUAGACUAGACCAGACCAGACACAGGUGGGACUAGACUAGACUAGACUAGACUAGACUAGACACAGGUGGGACUAGACUAGACUAGACUAGACUAGACUAGACACAGGUGGGACUAGACAAGACUAGACUAGACCAGACCAAGGUGGGACUAGACAAAACUAGACUAGACUAGACCAGAUACAGGUGGGACUAGACUAGACUAGACUAGACUAGACCAGACCAAGGUGGGACUAGACUAUACCAGAUACAGGUGGGACUAGACUAGACUAGACUAGACUAGACUAGACCAGACACAGGUGGGACUAGACUGGACCCUGAGGACUGGACUAGACUAGACUAGGGACGAGAAUUAACCCUGAACAAGGAGGGACUAGAGUAGACUGGACCUAGAUCCAGGUGGGACUAGACUAGACUAGACUGGUCCAAACCCAGGUAGGACUAGACUAUAGACCAGGGACUAGACUAGACUAUGGACUAGACUAGACCAGACCCUGGGACUAGGACUGGACUAAAUCGUGGACUAGACUAGACCAGACCCUGGGACUAGGCUGCACUAGACCAGAAACUAGACCAGGGACUAGACUAGACCAGGGGGCUACUUUUGACCAGUGGGACUAGACCCAGGUGGACGGGACUUUUUGACAUUUUAAGACUUUUUCAGCUGGUUUCAGUGAAUUUUCUUGUUUCCGUCUGAGAAUCGAAGCAGCGGGCGGAUUAAAAAAGUGAUUGCACAAAUAUUUACGAAUCUUACAGAUAAUUUAACUUCAGAGACAAAAUAUGAACCAGUUUGAAAUGUGACGAAAGAAACUCAAUCAGUACGAUAAAGUGUCUGGACUUUGGACCAGGACUUGGACUUGGACUUGGACUUGGACUGGACCAGAGCCGAGGAUGCAGUGUCUAAUGGGGGUCUAAUCCUUUCCACUCCAAAAAAAAACUGCAUUUAAAACAUUUAGAACACAAAAAAAGCCGAAAAUAAUGUGAUCGAAACAAUAUAUUUUACCAUUUUGUGCUGCUGCUGCUGUCGGUGUAGAUCACAACACUUUGAAAUUACGCUUCAUUCUUAAUUUAAUUUCAGACAAAUCACAAAAUUCUGAAUUCCACAAAAAAAAAAAAAAGAAGAAUUGCAGUGUUUUUAAUUUUUACUAAGGGAUUGUUUUUAUGUCUUGGCACCAGGAAGAUCAGCCAAUAAAGGACAAAAUAAACCACUUUAAAUUACUUUUUCCAUACUUUUUAUUUUCUAUCUGUUGUAACACAAAAAAGUAAAUGAAUUUAAAUAAAAACGAGUCAACUUUUAGAUUUUUUUCAUAAUUUUGUUUUGGAUUUUCGCACCAUUCAGUCUAUAUAUUAAAAAAAACAGCCAACAUUUCCAUUUUUAUUUACUUUUUCAGCUUCCGUUAAAAAUGUUUAAUUGGAUUUCACUUAAAAAAUGCGUUUAAAAAUAACAAUUCUUGAUAUUCUGUUCUUCAUAAUAAUAAAACUGACCAGCGUCCGCUUUUGAAACACUGUAAAAAAGCUGCGUUUCUGGAGGCUCCAUCUUUGCACUGACGCCACAAUCCUGACAGUUUGUAAUUUUAUUUUUCUGAUGUGUAAAGGUUCGAAUGUAGAGAGAUGUUGUAGAAAUUUUGACGCUUUUUAGUUAGUUAAUUUUUGGGUCAGAUUUUGGCGGAAUAUUUUGAAGUUUGAGAUGAUGACGAUGAUACGAUGUUGUGAGAUGACGAGUACUGCCUUUGUGAUCGUUUUAAAUCGGGGACCUGUUUUCAUUUUAACAUUCAUAUACUGCAAAAAAAAAAAACACAACACGAGUUAAAAUGACAAUCCAAUAACACGUGUUUCCAGCUGGUUUCACUGGAUUUUCUUAUUUUCAAGCUUUGUUUCGAUGAGUAACAAAAAAAAUUACACCACUUCUACGACUGCUUAUGCUUACAUAACCUACAAAAUAUAUUCUUAACUUGUCAAAACUCAAAAAAAUUGGAUUAACAUGUGUAUGGCUGGUGAUUUUGACUCCUUUUGGUGUUGUGUUUAGUUUUUUUGCGGUGUAGUGUUGGUUUCUGUAGAAUGACGUGUCUUCUUACUGUAACUACGGAUGGUUUAAAAGUGAUCAGCCUCAAUAAACUCUUUUUAAAAAUA